GAAGCGUUUCGGCGAUAUCAUGGCUAUAUUUUUGGUUUCUACAAGUGCGAUCAUGAACCUGCUGAAUCCCAGGCUACAUCCCAGCUUCAGCAACUUCUUGUCUCAAUCACCCUGCAGUCAGAGUGUGACGCUUUCCCCAACAUAUCUUCAGAUGAGUCUUAUACUCUACUUGUGAAAGAACCAGUGGCUGUCCUUAAGGCCAACAGAGUUUGGGGAGCAUUACGAGGUUUAGAGACCUUUAGCCAGUUAGUUUAUCAAGAUUCUUGUGGGACUUUCACCAUCAAUGAAUCCACCAUUAUUGAUUCUCCAAGGUUUCCUCACAGAGGAAUUUUGAUUGAUACAUCCAGACACUAUCUGCCAGUUAAGAUUAUUCUUAAAACUCUGGAUGCCAUGGCUUUUAAUAAGUUUAAUGUUCUUCACUGGCACAUAGUCGAUGACCAGUCUUUCCCAUAUCAGAGCAUCGCGUUUCCUGAGUUAAGCAAUAAAGGAAGCUAUUCUUUGUCUCAUGUUUAUACACCAAAUGAUGUCCGUAUGGUGAUUGAAUAUGCCAGAUUACGAGGAAUUCGAGUCCUGCCAGAAUUUGAUACCCCUGGGCAUACACUAUCUUGGGGAAAAGGUCAGAAAGACCUCCUGACUCCGUGUUACAGUAGACAAAACAAGUUGGACUCUUUUGGACCUAUAAACCCUACUCUGAAUACAACAUACAGCUUCCUUACUACAUUUUUCAAAGAAAUUAGUGAGGUGUUUCCAGAUCAAUUCAUUCAUUUGGGAGGAGAUGAAGUGGAAUUUAAAUGUUGGGAAUCAAAUCCAAAAAUUCAAGAUUUCAUGAAGCAAAAAGGCUUUGGCAAAGAUUUUAAAAAACUGGAAUCUUUCUACAUUCAAAAGGUUUUGGAUAUUAUUGCAACCAUAAACAAGGGAUCCAUUGUCUGGCAGGAGGUUUUUGAUGAUAAAGUGAAGCUUGCGCCAGGCACAAUAGUUGAAGUAUGGAAAGACAACGCGUAUCCUGAGGAACUCAGCAAAGUCACAGCAUCUGGCUUCCCCGUAAUCCUUUCUGCUCCUUGGUACUUAGAUUUGAUUAGUUAUGGACAAGAUUGGAGGAAAUACUAUACAGUGGAACCUCUUGAUUUUGGCGGUACUCGGGAACAGAAACAACUUUUCAUUGGUGGAGAAGCUUGUCUAUGGGGAGAAUAUGUGGAUGCAACUAACCUCACUCCGAGAUUAUGGCCUCGGGCAAGUGCUGUUGGUGAGAGACUCUGGAGCUCCAAAGAUGUCAGAGAUAUGGAUGGCGCCUAUGACAGACUGACAAGGCACCGCUGCAGGAUGGUCGAAGGCCUGGCAUCUUUGAGAUAAGCUUAAAGACACAAAAGAAACACAACUUCGUGAUAGCACUCUUCCAAAGAGUUGAGUGUUUGCUACUAAUAGUAAUAACUUCAUAGAUGAACAGCAUGAUUCAGGUUAUUGAUUGUCUAUUCACUGGCAUAUUAUAACCCCUGAAUUAAGAAGAAUAUGUACUUUUCCAUUACAAAGUACUUACCAUAAUAUCUGCUAAGGGAACAAAUCCAAUAACAACUUUGUUGUCCUGGCGAGUCUGAAUUUCCUGAAUGUUUCCUCUUCUUUGUGCCAGAUCUGCCAGGACAGGGCUGAGAUAAUCUCUAGCUACGGUAACCUCAAGAUUCAUCAGAGGCUCCAAAACUUGCUUAUCAGCUUUCUUCAGAGCCUAAAGAAAUUAAAGAAUGUUAACUUAUCUUUCAUAAAUAAAUACUGCCCAUACUCUUAAGCCUAGAGCUCAUACAAAAAGA